AUGAUGCUUGUAUUGAAGCUUGGACUGAAACCUAUAUCUGUCCUGUGUUUGCAGUGGCAAAAGCAUCGCGGGGACUUGCAUGAGAUCAGCAAACGAGAAAGCCGGAUUGGCCCUGGAUCCAUGAAUGAGCACAAUAGCCUCAGGGUAAAGCGCAAGCGCAGGAGGCCAGCAAAGACAGAGCUCCAAUCUCCAGGGCAUCGUGGGGACAGCCAUGAGGAAGGUUACCUUGAGAAGAAACCCAAGAAUAAUUUCCGUGACUUCAUCCCAGUGGUGCUGAGCAGCCGGACACGCAGUCAGUCAGGAAGUGUUGGUGGCUCCUCUGCUAGUGUGAGAGGAGAGUGCGAAGUGACUGGCCAGGAGAUCUUACCGCUGCUGGAGGAGGAGCAGGAGGAGGAGACAUCCUUGAAACGCCGCAGGCUGAGGAAAUCCCACAGAAUGUCCCGCUAUCAUAGCCACAGGGCCAGAGACAGGUCUCAGUCAGAAAAGGGCAGCUGCCACCUGAGGAGGGCCCGGGAGCUGCCCUGGAGAGUGGAGGCACCAAGGCAGCUGUGGGACCCAAAUGAGGAGGAUGACGACGACAGCCAUGUCAAGAGGAAGAAGAGGAGACGGCAGAAGAGCCGGAAAUACCAGACUGGGGAGUACUUGACUGAGCGGGAAGAGGAGGAACAUGUGAGCUGCUACUCCCAUAAGAGGCGGAAAUCGAAAGCAGAUUUCAGGUACCGGAAGCAGAAGGAAUGUACCCAAGGCAAAGGCUCAGAGCUGCGAUUGAGGAGCAGGCUUUCCCCAUCGCCCCGGAAGUCCCAAGGUCGCCCAGACUUCCGAAAUGGCUUUCUCCUGGAUCACCCGGACAACUCCUCCAUCCAGGAAGCACUUGAGAAACCAUCAGGAAAACGCAAAUGUAAAACAAAACAUCUGGCAGGGAUCUGUGAAGAGGGGAAGGUGAAAGGGCACUGGAAUCAGCCCAAGCCACGGUCUUUGAAGAAGCCCCAGGAGCUGUGGCCGCUCUGCAAGUCACGGCAGGCCAGCCCAGGAAACUCCCCUGAAUUGCCCAUGACCCAGCACAUCCCUCCUGAGGCUCGGCGGCUGAUCGUGAACAAGAAUGCUGGGGAGACUCUCCUUCAGCGAGCAGCACGGCUUGGCUACAAGGACGUGGUUCUCUACUGCCUGCAGAAAAAGAGCAGCGAGGUGAACCACCGUGACAAUGCCGGCUACACAGCUCUUCACGAAGCCUGCGCACGAGGCUGGAUUGACAUCCUGCACAUUCUGCUAGAGCACGGUGCCAAUGUGAACUGCAGUGCACAGGAUGGCACAAGGCCUGUCCAUGAUGCAGUGGUGAAUGACAACCUGGAGACCAUGUGGCUUCUGCUCUCGUAUGGGGCUGACCCCACACUCGCCACUUACUCGGGGCAGACAGCCAUGAAACUGGCCAGCAGUGAGGUGAUGAAGCGGUUCCUGAGCGAUUACCUCUCGGAUCUCCAAGGGCGUGCUGAUGGGGACCCCCGAACAGCAUGGGAUUUCUACAGCAGCUCUGUUCUGGAGGGGAAGGAUGGGAUUGGGUGCGACCUUCUGCUCAACCCUCCCGGAAGCUCUGAUCAGGAGGAAGAGGAGCAAGAAUCAGACAGCUUCAUGUUUGAGUUCUCAGACAAGCCCCUGCUUCCUUGCUAUAACCUCCAGGUGUCGGUCUCACGUGGGCCCUGCAAUUGGUUUCUCUUCUCUGACGUUCUCAAAAGGCUGAAGCUUUCCUCCCGCAUAUUCCAGGCUCGCUUCCCACACUUUGAAAUUGCUACCCUGCCCAAGGUGGAGUUCCAGCGUCAGGUGUCCUCGAGCCAGCUGCUGGCCCAGGAGGAGGUGCCGGAGAGCCCCGAGCCGCUCCCCCAGGGCCCUGCAGAGACAGUGGAGCUGGUGCGUUACGAGCCAGAGCUACUGCAGCUCCUGGGCUCAGCAGUGGAGUUCCAGGCCUGGAGCAGCUGACGGGGGCUGGAGCUCUCCCCGCAUUGGACUGCGUCAUGAGGCAAUAAUAUGGACUGAUGGGAAGCAGCCUUUUCAAUGCCAGCAGCGGGGCCUGGAGUCUUUGGCUGUUUAUUCUCUCCUCGCGGCCCCUGAACUCCGACUGGGGAGAGACUCCACUUGUCUCCAAGGACUUCCCAGGGUCCCUUUCUGAUGAGCAGCAGCAGAUGCAGCUCUCUACAGGUCCCCUUCUAGAUCAGCUGGGAAGCUCGGACCUGCCCCACUGGGCUACCUUAGCUGGGCCCUCCUGGCUGUAGGACCAUGGGCUCUGAAGUGAGGGGCAGUGGAUGCUUCUGCCCUGCCCUGCCCCAUAGAACCGCGCCUCUCUCUCAAUCUGCCCUCCCCCCAAUGUCUUCCAUAGUAUUUAUUUAAUUAGUAUUUAAUUUGUAAUGUUUCUUUUAUUUCUGCUGAGUCUGUAUCACUGUGAUUUGAGCCCUGGGCUGUGGUGAAGAGGGCUUCUUCUGGCCCCUCGCCCAGGAUGCGCCUGGAGGACACUGCUCUCCCAUGAGCAGCUAGCUGUCUAGUGACCGAACCACUGCGGCCUGGUAGCAAAGGGACCAGUUCUCACAACAGUCCCCAGGUUAAAUUCUAGGGCCUGUGGGCAGCCCCCUCCCUCACCACCUUCUGCUGGGGCUGUUCCCUUCCCAAAAAGCAAGUCCAGCUGAGAGCUGUUCUCUAGCCCAGGGUUCAGUCUCCCCCAGGUGCUUGCCUGGCUGUCUCAUGCAUUUCAUUUACAUCGCUUGUUUCUGGAUUCUUCUGGGCUACUUUGAAGAGGCAGCUGCAGCCUGAGAGCCACUCCAAAGCUACAGCCAGGGACUCCAGCUGCCUCCCAUCCUCAUGGGCUCCUGCUGCUGCCAGAGGGCCAUCCUCCUUGACGCAGUGUCUGCAUGCAGCCAGGCCCCUUCCUCCAUCCCUCCCCGUGCCCUUUUCUUCUGUUCAGAGAAGCAGUUCUACUGCAGAGAGCUGGCCUGAGGGGGCAAGUGCCUGCCCUUGGCAGGAGCAGAGAGCAGGGCUGCACUGCUGUGUAGAUGGUACAGUUUUAUUGUACAGGUGCUAACAAGGAUGCUGAGGACUGGACAAUCUGUUUCCUGGCUCUCCCCUGUCCUGCCCUGCAGUGGGAGUGUUGGGUGGUUUUUUCUUUGUGUUGUGUUUCAUCCCAGCCGGGGCAGUUGUAGCCUCCCCUGACCACCACCUGUCUGCCUCCCCCUCCCUGGGAUCAGACAGCUCCUUUUUUAAGCUGAGGGUUAUUGCCUUUGGGUGUGUAUUCUGGCUGCUCUUUCUGAUUUCUGUUUUAUUAUAAACAACCGGCUGUGGUGUCAAAAAACACUUAUGUACAGAAAAA